CGUCCUUCUCCCUGCCCACCCUCGCGCUCGCCCGCCGCAUGCCCGAGUGCUGCCGGUGACGCCGCCUGCCGCACGCCAUGUCUGUCCGCAGCGUGCCCACGUGGGCGCGCGACGUGCUGCUCCUCUCCUUCGCCCUCAAGCUGCUCCUCGUGCCCGCCUACCACUCGACCGACUUUGAGGUGCACCGCCACUGGCUGGCCCUCACGCGCAGCCUGCCGCUGGCGCAGUGGUACUUCGACGAGACGUCGCCGUGGACGCUCGACUAUCCGCCCUUCUUCGCCUACUUCUCGCGCCUCCUCGCCGCGCCCGCCGCGCUCGCCGACCCGCGCAUCACGGCACUGCAGGCCGGCCUCGAGUAUGCCUCGGCCCCGGCGCGCCUCGUGAUGCGCAGCAGCGUGCUGCUCACCGAGCUCGUGCUCGCUGCCGCACUGCUGGCCCUCGCUGCGCCGCCAGCGGGCCGCGUGCUCAGCGCCGAGCGAACUCAGGCGGCGCGACUCGUCGCUGCGGCUGUGCUGCUGCAUCCGGGCCUCGUCAUCGUCGACCACAUGCACUUCCAGUACAAUGGCUUCCUGACGGGUGUGCUGUUCUGGAGCAUCUGGGCAGCGCGAGAACAACGGCCGCUGCUGUGUGCCUUCCUUUUCUCAUCGCUGCUCAUGCUCAAGCACAUCUACAUCUACCUCGCGCCAGCUUACUUCGUCUUUCUGCUGCGCACCUACGUCUUGCCGACUAGCGCCUCCGCUGCCGAUGCCGGUCCGCUGGCGCGCCUCUUCACGCUCGGCACCAUCACGCUGCUGCCGCCAGUGCUCGGCUUUGCACCGCUCCUGCUUGCCGGCCUCGCGCCCUCUGCCCCCGCCGGGCCCAUCGGCAUUAUGCAGCAGAUCUGCUCGCGCCUCUUUCCCUUCGCCCGCGGUCUCAAUCACGCCUACUGGGCGGCGAACUUCUGGGCGCUCUACACAUUCGCUGACCGCGUACUUCUGCGCGUUGCCUCGCUGCGCCCUCAGCUGUUCGCCAGCUUCAUCGACGGGCAUGCGGCACGCAACGGCCUCUCGUCUGCCUCGCGCGGCCUCAUUGGCGACACCAGCUUCGGAGUACUGCCGACGAUCACCGCCGGCCACUGCUUCCUGCUCACGGCACUGCCACUUCUGGCCUUCUCGCUGCGCCUCUGGACUCGGCCGACGUACGCCUCCUUCGUCAUGGCCAUCACGCUCUCCGGCCUCACGUCCUUCAUCUUUGGCUACCACGUGCACGAGAAGGCCAUCCUGCUGCCUCUGCUACCACUGACGCUGCUCGCGCCUCUCUCGCACGCACACGCGCGCCUCACGCUCGUCCUCUCCGUCGCUGGCGUCGUCGGCCUCUUCCCGUUGCUUUUCUCGGCUCGCGAAAGCAUCGUCAAGAUCGCCUACUCUAUCGUCUGGGCGCUCUGCGUCUUCGUGCCGCUCAACCGCAACGUGUUUCGGCCAGUGCCGACCAACCUGGGCGUUUUGGCACACUUCGCAGAGCACGCCUAUCUGCUCGGCUUCGCCGGCCUGCUAGCGUACACCAGUCUGCUCCACCCGCUGCUCUUUCCGUCGCCGAGCCAGCCGCUGGCGGACGUGACUCCUCCGAGCGCGCUCAGCGAAGCCAUCAGCAAGGCCUCAUCGCUCGUCGCUCCAGCUGCGACGCUCGUGGCCGCUGCGGUCACGCCGGUCGUGACUGCCAUCAACAGCCAGACCAUCCUUCCAGGUGUGCAGGCAGAGAACGUCCUUCCAUCGUCGCUGGCAGAGUCCGCAAGCAGUCUGCUCGCCCCAGCAACGCCCGCAGCUACUAGCACCCCCCUCGAGGAUGCCGAGGAGCCUUUUGCGGAGACCGACAUAAUCAAGGCAGAGGCCACUGUCGAGGCACCACAGGCCGUCAGCGAAGCUGCGUCAGAAGCAAGUGUCAGCGCCGUCCCUGGCGCCAGCGAGGAGGUCACGGGCAUCUUGCAAAGCGCCAGCAGCAUCGCGUCGGAGGCCAGCGAGAGUGCAGUCGCGGCGCUGUCGCAUCUGACAGGCAGCGUUGCAGGUGUAUUCUCACAGACGAGCGAGGUCUCGCCUGUCUCCACGAUCUCGGCGGCUGCGGCUUCAGCCACAGAAGCCGCAGCCGACGCAGUGCUUCCAACAUCCGCGCCUGCCUCUGCGCCGAUAUCCGUCUCUACUCAAGCUUCGCCGCCAGUCAAGGAGGCCAGCCUUGAGUUCCUGCCGCUGAUGCUCACGAGCGUGUACUGCGCUCUGGGCGUCAUGUGGGUCUGGGCACGCCUCUCUCUCGUCUUCUGGACGGGCGAGGGCGAGGAGGUGGAGGAGAGCACACCGGCGAAGCCUGCUGUGCCUCGUGCUGCCAGCACUGUCGUCGCGAACGGGCGGUGAACAUCGUAAUUGAAGCAAAGUCACUAGUC